AUGGAGGAUCUUCUGCUCUUCAUCAUGGCUUAUGAUCGAUAUGUUGCCAUUUGUAACCCUCUUCAUUAUCAUCAUACGUUGAGUAAGAAGAAUUGUAUCCGGUUCAUGGCUGUCGCUUGGGGAAUCGGAUGCGUAACUUCAGCUGCUGCAACAUCAACAGCAUCUAAUUUAACUCUGUAUUCUAAUGUGAUCCCUCAAUUUCUUUGCGAUUUUAAAGCUUUUGACAAAAUUUCCCGCCCCAGUGUUGGUUUCCAGCUAUUUUCCUACGUGGGAGCUGUAAUAUUUGGUGUUGGCCCUUUUCUGUGCAGCAUCAUAUCUUAUAUCCGGGUGAUCAUCGUCAUUCUACGAAUUAAAUCUAGUGAUGGCAGAAGAAAGGCUUUCUCCACUUGUUCAUCCCACCUCAUAGUCCUCACCCUGUAUUAUGGCACCUGGAUGUCCCUAUAUGUAAUGCCACCACUGAAAGAUCCCCGAGUCUUUGAGCUGACCCUUUCUAUUCUAUUUUCCAUCAUCACUCCCAUGUUAAACCCUCUGAUAUACAGUGUACGGAAUAAAGAUGUAAAAAGGGCUCUACUGAAACUGGUGGGAUGUAAAGUCACAGGAGAAUAA